AUGGAUACAGAACCAAUAUCAAUAUUGAAUCAAAACAUCGAUGAAAAGGUUAUUCAAGAUGAUAGUGAAAAUAGUGGACUGAUGAUUGAAAAGAUAGUAGAUAGCUAUGAAAAUGUUACCAUCUAUUUCUUGAUCUAUCUGUUCAAGGAGCAAGACAGCACAAAGACCAAUCUAGUAUCAAAGUCAGCACCCAUCUUUAUAUGGAUCGGUGAGAAUGUGUCUGCUCCUUCCAUCGACAGUCUCCUCGUAUCAAUGAAAACACCAAUGGACAACCAGCCAUCACUCUCUGAAAUAUUUAGUUCACAAUUGGCAUCAAAUGCUGCUACUAUGAUUAAAAGAAUAGUCAUGAAAUAUAAUACACAAGCAUUUAUUAGUUAUAAUAUUAGUCAAGAUGUACCUGAACUUCAUCUUUAUGUCGAAAAGAGAUUAUUUCAAUUAUUGAACCAAUACUAUGCCGCUUCGAAAUAG